AUGCCACCUAUUAAUGAAGAUGCUUAUAGACCACAAAGUAUGCCAACUGGCCCAAGAAACGUUUUACGCUCAAACGAUUCUGCAAGUCUGUGGAAUUGCACUCUUUCUCCAGGUUGGUCCGAAGAAGAAAAUGAAAUAUUUCGUAAAGCGCUAAUGAAAUUUGGAAUUGGCAAUUGGGCGAAAAUCAUUGAGUCAGAAUGUUUGCCGGGUAAGACGAAUGCACAAAUGAAUUUACAGUUGCAACGAAUGCUUGGACAGCAAAGUACGGCAGAAUUUGGCGGAUUACAUAUUGAUCCUCUUGUAAUUGGCGAAAAGAAUGCAAAGAUUCAAGGACCUCACAUUAAGCGUAAAAACAAUUGUAUUGUAAAUACUGGUGGGAGACCAUUACGCGAAGAAAUAAAAGCGCGAAUUGCAAAAAAUAAAGAGCUAUAUGAAGAGCCGGAAGAAGUUUGGAGCAAGAUUGAAUUGCCGAAACCUCAAGAUAAAAUAUUUAAUAAUACACUAUUAAAUACUAUUAAUAAAACAGUUUUGAAUGCAAAGAAAGAAGAACUUCGUCGUCUACAAGAAGAGCUUCGACGCGUGCAAGAAGAAAUAUCACUCUUAAAAAGUAACAAUGUAAAGGAGGACGAACUACUUUCCAAUAUGACCUUGUUUAGUAUAGAAGAAAGCGAAGAUCUCGAACUACCACUUGUCAAGAAAAAAAGUGAAGUGUCUGUUACGAGAAAAAAAGCUACGAAUAACGAUAAUUCUUAUCAUCCAACAAAACAUCUAUCAAAAACUAGUUUUCUACAACAUCGCAAUGAUUCUCUACCCAAAUUUUCAGUUUAA